GCCUACUGGUGAAAGACUGUAGGAGGAGCCAAAGGUAGCCGUCCUGCAGUUUAUAUACCGAUCAAAGACAAACUGCAUUACUUGCCUUCAGCGGAGCGCCUGUUUCAAAUUUGGCUUGUAUCUGAAUUGUCGAGUAACAACUGCAAACAUGUCUGAAGGGACCACCGAUCCAGGGCAGAAACCUAAACACUUGACCAACAUCGGUCGCCGAGCAUCGCCGCUAGAUAUUUCAAACUCUGAGGAGGGCUCCAUCCCCGAAUUUGAAAGUUUUAUCAUGCUUCCAAGAGGAAUUCCACCAAAGCUAGAUGCUUUUCUUGAAGUGCUAUCCGUUGACUUACUGCGUCAUCCAACUGAGAUAAACAAGCAGCAGCACCAUACAGACAAGUAUGACUACCUUAACCUGAUUGUACGUCGUGGGCAAAACUUCACGAUGAAGAUAAAAUUCAACCGUGAAUAUAUUUCAAACAAGGACCAGUUCUGGGUGGAAUAUCUUAUUGGUCGGAGUCCACGGAUUGAUAAUGGCACUUACAUUGUAGCACCUUUGACUGAAGAACUAAAAAAAGAUAAAUGGGGAGCUAAAAUUUUAAGUAUCAGAGAUGAAACGUUGACCUUAGCCAUUCAAUCUGCCCCAGACUGCAUUGUAGGAAAGUUCCGCAUGUACAUUGCUGUAAUGACUCCUUUUGGAAUAAGAAGAACACCAAGAGAUCCAGGCACGGAUACCUAUAUCAUCUUUAAUCCGUGGUGUAAAGAUGACACUGUGUACAUGGAAAAUGACGCAGAGAAAGAAGAAUGUGUCCUGAAUGAUGUGGGCAUUAUUUACCAUGGAGAAUACAACAACAUUCAACACCGAAACUGGAAUUUUGGACAGUUUGAAUCACAGAUUUUGGAUAGUUGCCUGUCCCUGAUGGAUCGAGCAGAGAUGCCUCUCUCUUCCAGAGGAAAUCCUGUCAAAAUCAGUCGUGUUGCAUCUGCUAUGAUUAAUGCAAAAGAUGAUGAUGGAGUCAUUCUUGGAAACUGGACUGGUGAAUACCUGUAUGGAUUAAGCCCCAGUGCCUGGACUGGGAGCCAGGACAUCCUGCUAGAAUAUUACAACUCCCAUAGAUCAGUGCGCUAUGGACAGUGCUGGGUUUUUGCUGGUGUUUUUAACACAUUUAUGAGAUGUCUUGGAAUACCUGGAAGGGUUGUUACAAACUAUGUUUCAUCUCAUGAUAACGAUGGCAAUUUGAUCACUGACAUUAUACUGGAUGAAGAAGGAAAAGUUGACAAAGCUCAAGCACAGGAUUCAUACUGGAACUAUCAUUGCUGGAAUGAAUGUUGGAUGGCUCGGUCUGACCUUCCAGAAGGAUUUGGAGGAUGGCAAGUUGUGGAUGCUACACCUCAAGAGACAAGUGAUGGCAUGUACAGAUGUGGUCCUGCCUCUGUUAAGGCUAUAAAACAUGGCUUUGUCUAUUUACCAUUUGAUUCCCCUUUUGUGUAUGCAGAAGUUAACAGUGAUAUUGUUUAUUGGAAACGAUGGAGAAAUGGCAGGAAGGAAAUUGUUGACAUUGUUGGAAACCAGAUUGGAAAACUGGUUCUCACAAAGGAAAACGGAAAGAAUGCCCAAAUGGAUAUUACAGAUCAGUACAAGUUUCCUGAAGGUUCUGAAGAGGAAGCUAUUGCUCUGAAAGCUGCAUUGAUGUAUGGCACAAAAAAAGAAACAUCUAUACCACAGGCUUCAAAGGACUGUACUCUGCAGGUUGUUGUAGAUAGCAAAGUUCCAUUUGGAAGUGACUUUAACAUCAAAAUGGAUUUCGGAAACAACAGUAGACAAACGCUCAAUAUAAAGGCAUAUGUAUCUGGAAACAUUGUAUACUAUACUGGAGUCACAAAGAGAGAAUUUAAAAGCUCAACCUUUGAAUUUAAUUUGGAUUCUGGCAACUAUAAGAAAGAAACCGUGUUAAUAAAAUCAAAAGACUACAUGAAUCACAUCGUGGAGCAGGCCUUUUUGCAGUUUAUCACUACUGCAUCUAUAGAGCCAAGUGGACAGAUUGUGACAUCACUGAAUGUUGUAUCCCUCAUUGUCCCUAAACUGUCAAUCAAGGUGCUUGGGGAACCUGUAACAAGAAAUGAAAUUACUAUAUUGGUUGAAUUUACAAACCCUGUCAAGAGACCUUUGGAAAAUGUAAACCUUCGUAUUGAGAUGCCUGGAAAUAUGAGAUCCAAAACAACUAAAUACAGUUAUAUCUCUCCAAAUGAAACUGUAUCAUGGGCUGUCAAGUUUGUACCAUGGAGACCUGGCCUUCACUUAUGCUUUGCAAGUCUCGAUUGUGAUGCUCUACGGCAAGUGUAUGGGGAGACUGAAAUAAAUGUGAGAUAAGUGGUGAACAAGUGCCACUGCACAGCAAGGAAAUAAUAAUGAAUGUGUUUAUUUACUUUUAUGAUUCCUCAGCUUUGUGGUGAUGAAUCAUAUCAUAAGAGAUUAAAAUGGCUUUUGUUGUCAGGGAAUAUAAGCAUGCAGCAGAGUUGUGUUAAACAGCAAGUUACAGAAAGAGCCUAUGAUGCAGAAUGUUAUGGCCAUUUGCAGUUCAUGCUAGUACAUCUGUUAUAAAUGGAAAGCUAUUGCAUUCUAUCAUUAGAUUUAUUCAUUGUUUUCCAUAUGCCUGAAUGCUAUGUAUUACUCGGAAUCAAGUACAGUAAUAAACUUUUGCGUGACUUUAUUAAUAAAAAA